GCCGAAAUGGAACACUCCUUUAGUCAACAUAAACUAGCUCCUUCAUUAGGACCUUUUGCAACCAUCCUCUUUCUCUACCAUGCACUAGUUGGCUUCAAUGGCUAAUCCCAAACCAAACUCAUCCUGCUGGUUCUUCUUCUUCUUGUUCAUCAUCUCUUUGAGCUUCUUCCGUGGCAAGUCCUCGGAGGAGUUUGACCUCGACGACUUGUCAUGGUUGGAUGAGGAAGAGGAUGAGGUGGUCAUGGUCCAAAGCCGGCAUGAUCAGUCACAAAGGAGGUGUGACCUUUCGUCCGGAAAAUGGAUUUUCGAUCAGUCAUACCCUCUCUAUGAUUCGACUAAUUGUCCAUACCUUAGUUCCGCGGUGACUUGUCAGAAAAAUGGAAGGCCAGACUCUGAUUAUGAGAAAUGGAAGUGGAAGCCAAAUGGUUGCUCAAUGCCAAGGUUUAAUGCAUUGGGUUUUCUUGGGAAGAUGAGAAAGAAGAGAAUUAUGCUAGUAGGUGAUUCCAUAAUGAGGAAUCAAUGGGAGUCUCUUGUCUGCUUAGUCCAAUCAGUUGUUCCUACUAGUAGAAAGACUCUGACCUACAAUGGUCCUUCCAUGGCCUUUCAUGCCUUAGAUUAUGAGACAUCAAUAGAGUUUACAUGGGCUCCAUUUCUAGUGGAAGUGAAGAAAGGACUUGGAAACAAGAGAAUUCUACAUUUGGAUUUGAUAGAAGAGAAUGCUAAGUAUUGGAGAGGAGUUGAUGUUCUUGUGUUUGAUUCAGCUCAUUGGUGGACUCACUCCGACAAAUAUAGAUCGUGGGACUUCAUAAUGGAGAGAAACAGUGUCUUGAGAAAUUUGAACCCAAUGGUUGCCUAUGAGAAAGGACUAAUAACAUGGGCCAAAUGGGUAGAUUUACAUCUAAACCCUCGCACAACCAGAGUCAUUUUUCGCAGCAUGUCACCAAGGCAUAACAGAGAAAAUGGUUGGAAAUGCUACAACCAGAGGCAACCUCUAGAGUUUGCCAGUCAUCCUCAUGUUCCUCAGCAAAUGCUAGUGUUGAAGGGGGUUUUAAGCAGGAUGAGAUUUCCAGUAUACUUGCAAGAUGUGACGACGAUGUCGGCUCUUCGGAGAGAUGGGCAUCCUUCUGUGUAUUCCAGAGCUGUGAGCCAAGAAGAGAAGCAGCACAUAAGAGACUACACCUCUGAUUGCAGCCAUUGGUGCCUGCCUGGUGUACCUGAUACCUGGAAUGAGAUGUUGAGUGCUUGGCUUUAAGUAUGAACUGUGAAGGUAUAUUAAUAUAUCUAUAGGUAGGGUGAGUAGAAUAAGUACUCUUCUCUAUUAGAUUAUGUUAUGGCUUUAUCAUAUUAGAGUACUCUCUAGUGGUUAGUUGUGGAACUUUGUGUUUUGGGGUCUUCUUCAAUGUCUCAUAUUGGUAUGUAUGGCUUGUGAAUUUGCCUCUGCUAUCAAAAUUAUAAUGACCAAGUUGUUCUUUUUCUUUUCAGAAA